CUCAAACACCCUAAUGGUCGUUUACCUUAAGGCACUUCUCCUACUUCUCCUCUUCACAGUGGCCUUCACUGCUGAAGAAGAGGACGAACUUGUGUUCACCUUCUUGGUCACAAGGCAUGGAGCCAGGAGCCCUGCUGAAGAGUUGCCAGCAGAUGCCAAGAUUACUGAAGAUAAGUUUAAAAUUUAUAUUGGAGACCUGACUGCAAGCGGAGAACGUCAGCAUUAUCUAGAGGGAGUUGAACUACAGAAGAUCUAUGAAGAGCAAGGAACCAUAACGAAACCCUUUGAUCCUAGAGAGUUUCAUGUAGUAAGUACUAACUUCAACAGAACAAUAAUGAGUGCCUAUUCUCAAUUAUUAGGUUAUUUCCCUCUCGGAUCACUUCCGGAAUUAAGUAAAGCUCGUAAUAAUAAAGCUGACCCUCCUUUUACGGUAAAAGGCUUAUCAUCAAUGAAAAGAAAAUUGGGGACUAAAGCAACUGCUGAAAAUUUCCAACCUGUCCCGAUUCAUGUAUCCAAUAUUGACGAAAUAAUGCUAAUGAUGGACAAAGGCUUCUGUCCCUAUCAGACCGAGUUGAGAAAGCAAUACACUGAAUCAAAUGAGUGGUCUGAGCUCAAUGAUAAAUACCAGAAGGUCUUGUUCCCAGAAUUGCAUAAGAAUUUCGGAAUCAAAGAGGAAAAUCUAGAUUUUACCACCUCUUACCCCUACAUUGAUAAUUACUACAGUGCCUGGUUCGAGCAAAUGGAAAUUCCUAAUGAGCUUUCGAAGGAUGCGAAAGACCAAGUUGACGAUAUACUGAGAGAUGGGCUCUAUGAAGGAUUCUUCGGAAUGGACCUAGCUGUCAGAUUAGCAACUACUAAAUUCUUUGAUCUUGUAAAAGAAACUCUCGGUCAAAAAAUCAAUGCUAUUCUUGAGAAGGAAGGCACUCCUGAGUUUUAUGAACAGCUAAAGUAUAUGUACAUCUCUGCACAUGACUCAAGCCUAACUGCUAUCAUGAGUGGGUUACUACAGAAACAAGAAGAACAAGCUUAUUUUGCAUCAAAUAUUAUCUUUGAACUCAGAAGAAAGAAAAGCUCUAAUGCUAAUGAUCUAAGCGACUUUACAGUCGCUCUCAAAUGGAAUGGAAAGAAGUUAAACUGGGCUACUGAAACUUGUACUUCACAUGCCUGCCCAUUCCCAGCUGUUAAGGAGUUCCUUGAAAGUAGAAUGUAUCAAGGAGAUCUUGAAGCCGUUUGUCAAAAUGGACUUUCUUCAAGCAGCUCAAUUUGGCUAUGGAUACUUCUUGCAGUAGCGAUCUUUAUUGCUCUAGCAAAUAUUGGUUACUUCGCUAUCAGAGGUUUAUCCAGAAAAGAUUCAGGUGAGAAUAGCAAAGGAAACUAUAGCUCAUUUACUGAUGAAGAGCAGCAUGUGAAGAAUGAAAUCAACAAAUCAUCAUCCUCUACAACUCCAGCUUCAAGAUAUAUAGAUGAAGACUUUGAUUAAUAUUGCCAAAUAAAAUUUUGUUUCAACGAAACAA